CGAAGCCGAGCUGCCAGGUAGCGGCUCCAGCGCAGGGACUGCGCCAGCCCUGCGAACCAGGGCCGCCAGCGCCACCGCGCCGGCGUCGCCUCCUCACCCGGGAGCCAUGGUGCGCGCAGCGCGCACUCCGCGUGCAGGACUCUAAGCCCAGGCGCUGCUGUACGCUCCAUCGCCUCGCGCCCUUCCUGGCUCCCUGGGUCCAUCUCGCCUGCGGGCCAUGAGGCUUUGGCCCGAAGCCCCUCGUCUCUGAGCCCCGCGUCGCCCGCUUCAGUUCUAGUGCCACGCCGCUACUGAGGGGUCCCCGGCAGCUGCGACCUCUGUUCCCUCGCGGAGACUGCACCCAGGCGCCUCAGGAUGGCGCCCCUCGCCCCCCUCGGCCCGCGCAAAGUUCGCAGGAGGCGAGAAAUGUUGCCGCAGCAAGUUGGCUUCGUGUGUGCUGUGCUGGCCCUGGUGUGCUGUGCGUCUGGCCUCUUCGGCAGCUUGGGGCAUAAAACGGCUUCUGCUAGCAAACCCGUCCUGCCAGACUCCUGGAGAAACCGGAAGCUGAUGGCACCAGUGAAUGAGACACAGGCAGCGAAGAACUGCACACUGCCAGCGAUCAACGAGUUCCCCACAGACCUGUUCUCCAACAGGGAGCGCCAGCACGGAGCCGUCCUGCUGCACAUCCUCGGGGCUCUGUACAUGUUCUACGCCCUGGCCAUCGUGUGCGACGACUUCUUCGUGCCGUCCCUGGAGAAGAUCUGCGAGAGGCUCCAUCUGAGCGAAGAUGUGGCUGGAGCCACCUUUAUGGCUGCAGGGAGCUCGACCCCAGAGCUGUUUGCCUCGGUCAUUGGCGUGUUCAUCACCCACGGGGACGUCGGAGUUGGGACCAUCGUGGGCUCUGCCGUGUUCAACAUCCUGUGCAUAAUCGGAGUCUGCGGACUGUUUGCCGGGCAGGUGGUGCGCCUGACGUGGUGGGCCGUGUGCCGGGACUCCGUGUACUACACACUCUCCGUCAUUGUGCUGAUUGCUUUCAUCUACGACGAGGAAAUUGUAUGGUGGGAAGGCUUGGUGCUCAUCAUCUUGUAUGUGUUUUAUAUUCUGAUCAUGAAGUACAACGUGAAGAUGCAAGCCUUCUUCACGAUCAAACAAAAGACCGUUGCCAACGGCAACCCGGUCAGCAACGAGCUGGGGGAUGGUAAUGAUUACUAUGACCUUCACCAUGAUGACCCCUCUGUGCCAUUGCUGGGGCAAGUGAAGGAGAAGCCGCAGUACAGCAAGACCCCCGUGGUGAUGGUGGACGAGGUGAUGAGCUCCAGCCCGCCCAAGUUCAACUUCCCAGAGGCGGGCUUGCGCAUCAUGAUCACCAAUAAAUUUGGACCCAGGACCCGCCUACGGAUGGCCAGCAGGAUCAUAAUUAAUGAGCGGCAGAGGCUGAUCAACUCCGCCAACGGUGCGAACGGCAAGCCGCUUCAAAACGGGCGGCAUGAGAACAUGGAGAACGGGAAUGUGCCCACGGAGAACGCCGAGGGCCUGCAGCAGGACCAGGAGCAGCAGCAGCCUCCGCCACCGGAGCCGGAGCCCGAGGCUACCUUCCUGUCCCCCUUCUCCAUGCCCAAAGCAAAAGGAGCCCGAGCCAAGUGGGUCUUCACCUGGCCACUCAUUUUCCUCCUGUGUAUCACCAUUCCCAACUGCAGCAAGCCCUCCUGGGAGAAGUUCUUCAUGGUCACCUUCGUCACCGCCACGCUGUGGAUCGCUGUGUUCUCCUACCUGAUGGUGUGGCUGGUGAGCCUAGGGGACAUGGCGGUCUCCAACACCAUAGGAAGCAAUGUGUUCGACAUCCUCGUAGGGCUGGGCAUCCCGUGGGGCCUGCAGACCAUGGUUAUUAAGUACGGGUCCACGGUGAAGAUCAACAGCCGGGGACUGGUCUACUCAGUGGUUCUCCUGCUGGGCUCUGUUGCUCUCACUGUCCUGGGCAUCCACUUGAACAAAUGGAGGCUGGACCGGAAACUGGGCAUCUACGUGCUGGUUCUGUACGCCAUCUUCCUGUGCUUCUCCAUCAUGAUCGAGUUCAACGUCUUCACCUUCGUCAACUUGCCCAUGUGCCGGGAGGACGACUAAGGCUGAGCCGCCGCCCAGGGGGGCAGUCCUCUGGACCCUGUGACGCUGGCGUCCCCUCCUCUCUUCCCCC